UGGUUGUUCCAAAAGUGGCUUAAAGUGUACUUCCAAAAUAGAACUUCACCCCUAAUCACUCCAACUGGAAAAUCCCUUCUGUGUCAUUCUUUGGCAACCGCUGAUCCUUCUCUUUUCAGCUUUGCUGAAAACUUUGAAUAUUUCUACAAUCAAUGUGAGACUGGAAACGAUGAGUUCUUUGAUCCAUUCACUGCCAUUGGUCGCAUGCCAUCAUGGUUGGUUCCAUCUCCCAGAGUGUCUACCAAGAAACAUUCUGAAGAUUGGAAAAAUAUUUGGGUCAGCUUCCUUAUUGCUCGUGACCUCCAUUACAACACUGCUCAACCUACUUUGAAGAACAGUUUUCGUGGCAUUGAGUUCUACAACCCAGCCCAACUAGCAAGGCAAAUGGGCUUUACCCAAAUUAUUCCUUUGCCACCCUGCAAAUCUUACAACAGAUUCUUUGACCAACGUGUUCAUCUUACAGAUACUGAACAAUUUACAGCGAUUGACCAAGCCUACGCAGCAGAAAGAGCAGCUUUUAAUUUCAAAGGCCAUACUAGCAAGCCUCAAUCAACCAAUGAAUUCGAUGUAUUGUGGUUAGCUUAUAUCUCCUCCACCCGAACCAAGAAUCAGAAGGCUAUUUGUGAUUCCAUACUGGUAUCUUUCAAGCCUCUGUCUCCAGAUGAAGAAGAGGAAAUACUUGAAGAAAGUGAAGAGGAAGAAGGUGGAGAGAAAACCACCACAAUGGCUAGUAAAAUUGAGGGUGUAGCCGAAAGUGGUGAUGUAAGUAUUGAAAGUCUUUACUCAAGUGAUGAUGAAGAGGAGGAAGAAGAAGUGAAAGAGGAAGAGGAGGAUGCUUUAUACAAGGCAAAGGGAAAGGGAAAAACCUCUCAGGGACUGGCAAUUGUCAAAAAGGAAUUUCAGCCCCAAUUAUCCUCUUCUGAUGAAGAUUCUUCUGAUGGUGAAGUCGGCAUUUCCAAAGGGCGAACCACUACUCAGCAUUCCAGCAAAGCCUAAAAAUGCGUAGCCCUUCCGGAAAAGUUAUAGGAAAGGCUAAAAGGAAAAUCAUGCCUGAACUGGAAAAAACAGAAGAGUUCAAACAAACCGGAGACUUCCCAUAACACAAGAAACCAAAGUCAUCUAAAGAGCUUGUUUUGGGCUCUACUAUGGGACACAAUUUCAUGAAUAUCCACCUGGAUUGACAAGUUGCACAAUGAGAGGAUUUGGCCCUUCAAGCUUCAAUUAUGGAGAGUUUGACCAUCAAGAAUAAGAAAAGUCUGCCCAUUCCAACUUUCAUUAUUGGAAUAUCCAUUCCUUCCGGAACUGGUGGAACUUCUACUGGUCAUACUCCUUUCAUCCCAAAGGCAAGCCUUCAUUCCUUUACAGUUCGCCUCAUUUCUUUCUUUAUAUCUAAUAGAAACUUGUUUCCAUUUCAGGCAACUACUUCCUUAUCUACCUCAACCUCCUUUAUGAUGCAGAGGAGAGCCCUUCCAGCAUUAGCUGAUCUUUAUAAAGUGAUCAAGGCCACCAAAUCUUCCAGUACUUCUACUUCAAGUGCAAGUGUCCUCACACUUCCAGGACCUUCAGAUGAUGCUAUCAUGGUGGCUAAAGAAAAGUUGUUGUCUUAUCUUGCCCACGAUGUGGAGGAUGUAGUCUCUUUCCACUUAAGUCUAGCCAGUACUAUUGUGACCCUUAAAAAACAUUUUGGAUUUCUUGAGCCUAUCCAGGCUUCUUUGACCAAGCUGCAACACCAACUCGAAUUCAUUGUUGCCCAUGUGAGCUCCAGUACUUCUAUAGUUUCCAAGUAUGAAAAGGAAGCCAAGCUCAGAGAUAAAGCUCUUGAGGAUUUUCAACUCUCCUUAGAAUCCUACCCAGAAAUCAAGGAUCGGGCUGAAAAGAAUGAAGAACUGGCCAAAGUUCAAAGGGAAUUAGAACAAGUGCAACGUGAAGAACUUGAAUUGGACCAAACAGCUAAUGCCCUUGUCAAUGCGUUCGAACCUUUAAGGAAAGAAUGGGAAAAAUGAGUUGAAGCCUUUCCUAAAUUUAAGGAUGCAAAGUUUAAAGCAGUGGUUGUUCUUGGAGAAGCAAGGAAAAUUUGGAAUGAACUUGGAGGUGUUCUUGCCUCUAUCUGAUCUCAUGUGUUUCUCUUUAAGGUUCUAUCAUGUGGUUGUUUUUGGAAAACUUGUGGAUAGGAAAUAACUAAUGGGUACUUUUGCAUGGCCAAUCCUAGGUUUAGGAGGCCAUUUUUGAGUUUUGUAAUGAAAUCCAGUAUCUAAUGAGAUAACGCUCUAUUUCCCAACCCUUUGCAUGUGCCUCUUUCACACUUUAUAUGGAAAAGAAAUUUCUAAGUCACUGAAACUGGAAAAUAUCUUCACAUAUAUUUAUAAUAAGGCAUAGCCAUAUAAUUGGCUUUCCAUAACAAGGGAAAUUCAAAGAAAUAAAAGAAAUUGCCACAAUGGAAAUGCAUGUAUAUACAAGCAAGAUAAACAAUUUCCAGUAUGAUCAAAACCUGGAACAUAUAGCGUAGCCAAUUCCUUAAUGAAGUCUUCCAUACUUAGGAAAUCAGCUGAUCUUGGAAAUUCAACUAAGUCUGCUUCCUAACUUUAGCCAAUGUACGUUUCCAAGAACUUAGCCACUUACUGGAAUGAAUCAUUCCUCUAUUUUGACUUAGCUACUAAAAUGACCAAAGUAUGGUCAACAUUCAUCCUUUCCAACUUUCUGGUAACUUGGAAAGGAGUGGUACCAGCCACAUUAUGUGGCCGGUUGAAUGAGUGUUACUUUCUAAUCUUCAUAGAUGGAAGGGUGGUACUCUUUCAAGUACAUACCAUUCACAGGAUGCCUAUGAGACCCUCUAUCUAUAUCCAUCAAUCUAUAAGCCCCUUUUCCAAGGACUCGUUCUACCAAGUAAGGACUUUCCCAAUUAGGAGUCUAUUUUCUAUACUCCAAACUUUUAACUCCAGGUGGAAAUUUGACCUGCCAUACUAAGUCUCCUUCUACAAAUGUCUUUGUCUUGACCUUCUUGUUGUAUGCCCGCAUGACUUUUUUCUUUUGAGCAAUAAUAUGAUCCAAAGCAGUAAGACGAACUUUAUCAAGGUCUUCUAAUUCUGCAAACAUGGCAUGGUUGUAAUCUGCUGGAGUUAGCCUAUUUUGGAAAGCCACCCUUGCAGACCUGAUAGUCAUCUCCACUGGAAGGACAACAUCAUGUCCAGAUGUAAGCACAUAUGAUGUGACGCCUGUACUUGACCUUUUUGAAUUUUUGUAGGCCCAAAGAGCUUCAGAAAGCAAGUGAUGCCACUCCCUUGGAUGAUCCUCAAUCAUCUUUUCAAGGAUGUUGAGAAUUACUUUGUUGGAAGUUUUUGUCUAUCCAUUUGCCUGGGCAAAAUAUGGAGUGGAACUGAUCACUUGUACACCACACUCAGCACAAUAAUCCAAGACCUUGCUUCUAACAAAGGAUAGAUCCCUAUCAGUGGUGAUAGUCUCUGGAAUUCCAAACCUCUGUGUAAUGUGCUUCUUGAUAAAAUCAAUCGUCAUUGACUGCUCACAAGUCUUUAGUGGAAUGGCUUCCACCCACUUUAUGAAAUAAUCUAUUGCCACCACUAUAUGAGUAUGAUCAUCUGAAGAUGGAGGCCUUAUCUUUUUAAUAAAGUCCAAAGCCCACCCUCUAAAUGGCCAUAGUUUUACUAUCGGCUGUAUAUUAAUAGCUGGAACUCUUUAGACCGGGCCAUGUUCUUGACAUGCAAUACAAGUCUUGGCAAACUCUAUGCAAUCUUUCAAUAUGCCUUUCCAAUAAUAACCAUACCUUCUAAGGAGCCACCUCAUCUUGAUUCCAGCUUGAUGUGCUCUGCAUAUUCCAAGGUGUGAUUCUGCCAUUACCCUCAUGGACUCAUCCUUUCAGAGGCAUCUUAACAGAAGUCCAUCUUCUUUACUCUUCUUGUAGAGGUCCCCAUCAAUCAGAAUGUAAUGUAGUGCCAAAAGCUGAAUUCUCUUGUCCACUUUGGAGCUAGGCUCCUGUAAGAAUUGGAUAAUUGGUGUUCUCCAAUCAUCCAAAUCUAAUCCAUUUAUAUCAAUAUUGAAAACCUCCCAUGGUUUAUUGGCAAGUUUGAUUCUUUCUGGCUUUUCAGAUUGGAAAUGACUUGCCAUCUCAUACCGUAACUCUACCGAAGGAAAAAUCCUUCUUUUAACUGUGAUCAAAGCUUCUUCCACACUUGGUGAGACUUUCACUCGAGAGGCUAAUUGUGCUAGAUCAUCAGCCUCCGUAUUUAAAUGUCUAGGCCAAUAUUUGAGUUGAAAAUCAUUAAAUUGGCAAAGUAACUCUAAGGCCAAAGAGUGGAAAGGCCUCAGACGCUAGUUAAGACAUCUAUAUUCUUCAGAUAGUAGGCUAAGUGUCAAGUUGGAAUCUCCAAUAAUCUGGACCUUUUCCACCUUUAGCUCUAGCAGAAUCUCCAGCCCAAUAAUUAGUGCCUCGUACUCAGCUUGGUUGUUUGUACACUUGAAAUCCAAGAAGAAAGAAAAUUUGGUUUUCCUUCCUUUCGGAGAAAUGAUGACUAUUCCAUCUCCACCUCCAUCAUGAGUGCUUGAUCCAUCAAAUAUGAAAGUCCAAGGUGUGUAGUCAAGGUAGAGAUUAUCCACCUCAUCACAUAUUUCUGAAUCUAUCUUAGUGGAUGGAUGAUCUGCUAGAAAUUCUGCUACCGCCAUUCCUUUGACUGCCUUUUGUCGAAUAUACUUGAAGGAAAACUCCAUUAAGGCCAAUGACCACUUUCCAAUACGUCUAGUGAUCAAAGGCCUUGGAAGCAUAUACUUAAUCAAAUCUGUUUGAGAAAUGAUAUAUACGGCCAUUGGCAACAUAUAAGUUCUUAACUUCAUAGCCGCAUAGUAUAAAGAAAGGCACAACUUUUCAAUGGAAGUGUACUUACAUUCCACUGGAGUGAGCACCCUACUUAGAUAAUAGAUGGCUUGCUCUUUCCCCCAUUCAUUGUUCUGAGCUAAUAGAGUUCCAAUGAACUCAUUGGCAGCCGAUAAGUAUAAUCUUAAAGGCCACUUCUUGAUUGGAGGCAUUAGCACUGGAGGGUUGGCCAGGUAGCUUUUCAAACCUUCAAAGGCUUGCUGGUGCUGUUCUAUCCACUUGAAUUCCUCAGCACCCUUCAAUUUCAGCAAAGGGGAGAAAACAUGAGUCUUUUCAGCAUGGUUGGCAAUAAACCUCCUUAAAUAUCCAACCUGGCCGAGGAAUCACUGCAACUCUUUCUUAGUGGACGGUGGCUUUGCUUCAAUAAUUGCCUUUACUUUAUUUUGAUCUAUCUCAAUACCCCUUUGGUGGACCAAGAAGCCUAGGAAAUUUCCAGCUGAAACCCCAAAAGCACACUUCAAAGGAUUCAUCUUCAACUUGUGCUGCCUCAUCCUUUCAAAAGCCAUCUUCAAAUUGUGAAGAUGUUGAUCUUUUACCGAGGACUUGAUGACCACAUCAUCAAUGUAGACUUCCAAGAAAUGGCCAAUCAUGUCAUGGAAUAUGGCAUUCAUGGCUCUUUGAUAUGUUACUCCGGCAUUCUUUAACCCAAAUGGUAUGACAACCCAUUCAAAGGUUCCAAUGGAACCUGGACAUCUGAAGGCUGUCUUGGUAAUAUCUUCCUCUGCAAUGUAAAUCUAGUUGUACCCAGAAUGUCCAUCCAUGAAUGAAAGAAUUUUAUUCUUGGCAGCAGAAUCUACUAACUGGUCAGCAACAGGCAUGGGAUACUCAUCUUUUGGAGUUGUAAGAUUGAUAUUCCGAAAAUCCACACAUACCCUUAGUUUGCCAUUUGUCUGAACAACUAGAACUAUAUUGGAAAUCCAGUCAGCAUACCUGGCGGUUCUUAUAAAACCAGCCUUGUGUAGCCUUUCUAUCUCUUCUUCGACUUUUAGAACAACUUCUUGGGACAUCCUUCUUAGAGGCUGCUUGAAAGGCUUGAAACCUUCCUUAAUUGGCAAAUUAUGCUCUACCAGCUCUCUGGAAAGACCUGGCAUUUCCUCAUAGGUCCAUGCAAAGCAAUCUUUGUAUUCUUCAAGUAAGGAAAUCAAUUCUUUUCUAAAGAUUGGUUUCAAAAGCUUACUGAUGUAGGUAGGCCGAGGGUCCUGUUCUGUUCCAAGAUUAACUUCCAAAAGUGGAUCUUGUACUUAAGCCUUGAGAUAUUCUAACUUCGUUGGCGCCACCUUCAAGUCUGUUAGCUGGAUAGUAUCCAACUUGUCUUCAGUAUCUUCCAUAAUCUCCAAAACAUUGGUUGAAAAUGAAGCACCGGCAAUAGCAGCCCUUUCCAACCGUAGUUCGGCUAGAUAUACUUUUAACUUGGCAAGGCAGCAGUUAAUCACCUGGCCAAGUAUUCUAUUUUCUUUACGUUUCUCUUCCAUAAAAACUUUUGUUUGAAAUGUAUUGCUGAACACCGGCCUUGGGUAAAAUUGUUGGCCUUAGUGUUUCUUAGAAAAGUUCCCUUACAUCUUCUUCCGUAAGAGUCCUUCUCAUGGUGGCCUUCCUUGGACGACCCUUGCUAUCCUUUCCAAUAAAUCUGAUUGGAACGAAUUCUUCACUAUAUAACUCAGCAUCUGCAUAAAAAACCCUUGCCACAAAUGGCCGGCUAUCAUCUUCCACAACUUUUACCUCAUCUCCAUCCCAAAAUAUUAGCAUUUGAUGGAGCGAAGAUGGAAUGCAAAUAUUUGGGUGAAUCCAUUCACGGCCUAAGAGCAAAUUAUAAGUCGCUGUGGACUCAAUAACAAAGAAGGCUGUGAUGGAGUUCUAUCUCCCAUCGUUAACUCCAACGGUAGAAUGCCUUGUGUCUUCACUACUCCUUCCGUGAAACCGCUAAUGGAUACAUCUGUUAGAAUGAUGUCUUCAGGAGACUUUCCGAGCAUGUGCAAACAUUGACUGGAACAACAUUCAACACCGAACCAUUGUCCACCAGAACUCUUGCCAAGGGCCUUCCUUCCACUAGCACCUUGAUGUACAAAGGUUUGAGCUGCUGAGUUAUGCCAUAUGGUGGCUUUUCCAACACAAUUUUCUUUGGCCUUGUAGGGCUGUUCUCUUUAAUCACAACCCCCUUUAAUUUUUGGAGAUGCUCAGUUUUAUCUUCAAAAACCUCCUCUAUAUGAAUACCAUUAUUUAGUUCUAUAAUAGUUGGCCCAGAACUAGACUGUCCAAGACUUUCCAUGGGUGGACUUGUAUCUACUACAUCUCAUUCCAUUGAAUUGGGCUGAUUUGGCUGAGGCUCAAAAAGCAAAGGAAGAACCACUACCAUAUUGCAAGUAAAUUCACUUGGAAGGCUCCCAAAAUAGAUUUUCUUGCUGCUACUGGAACUGCUGGGAAUUUCUAAAUCUAUUUUAUCUUUCGUUGGAGGAUUGUCUGUAGUUAUGGAAUUUCCAACCUCUGAAUCAAGAUCUAGCAAAUCAUCAGGAUCUCUCUCUUUUCCUCUAGCUGGAAGCUCUGAUAAGUCUGACGGCUUAGUAGUCUUCUUUGGCCAACUGGACCAGCCAUGGUCUUUCUCCCAUAACCUUCUUUUAUCAGCCCUCUUCCUUUGCUGCCUUCGCUUUUAUGUACGGGUCAUAUAGGAAUCAUCAUGGAUAGGGAACUUGGGAUGAUCAAGCCUCUCCCACCUGUUACUUUGUAAGAUGGGAGGCUUAACCAUUCUUGGUCAGAGACGCUCAUUCUCCCUUCUAACCUAUACUUUCAAGGCCAUUUUUGGCCUGGAAGGCCUGUCACCUUCAGAACCUUUGUCUUGCCAUUUACUCCUUUCAAACUUUCUGCUAGGAGGACGAGAACCUGGCUGAUAGGAAAUUCUAUUCCUUUCCAAAUUCUUUGGAAGGAUUUUAGAUUUCCUUUCUGCUGCCUUUCUUUCUGGAUGAACCUGGCUUUCCUUCUCUGGAAUGGUUACAGUAACUGUGUUUUCCACCUUUUGGAAAGUUAGCCGAUCAUGGACCUUCCUUUUCUGACCCCGGUCACUAUUGGAGGGCUUUUCAUUCUGCUUCUCUUUUGGAAAGUCUUUACGGCAACCUUUAUUCUGAACUUUACACUUGGGGCAACAACCUUUAUCCAUGAUGUAGCCCAAAAUUAAGCUAAGCAAUUUCAACCUUUACAACAGUUAACAAUAUGCACAGUUUUGUACUUUCAUUCUGUUCUAUCCUUUAACAUAGCAACAUAAAACCAUCCAAACAGAAACUUAAUUAACACUUAACAUGUGAAUUAAGAAAUCCAGUAUACUCUUAACUCAGUUCAGAAAAAAAGUAAAACACCUAUAGUCCAAACAGUAUUCCAAAAACAACCCUGUACGCAUCAAAAUGGAAGAGCCUGCUCUAAAACUUUGGAGCAGGCUUUUUUUAGAGCAUGGAGCCGGCUCUAGAUAUCCUAGAGCCGGCUCUUUUGAUAGUAAAGCCUGCUCUUUCCUCUAUAGAGCCGGCUCUCCUUUUCUCUAAGAGCCUUCAGUCCCCUGUGUUGCGUUCCAACUUCUCUGCUCCUUCUCCGGCUGAUUCCUAUCACUCUGUGGUAUUUAAAACUGACCUUAGGAGUUUUGUUUGAGUCUAGAAGCAUCCCCAAGAUUGGUUUACAAUAAUUUGAAAACAAUUACAGAGUUUAAACUAAACCAAUAAACUAGCACGCUUGAAGAGCAACACUGAAACCAAUUUGCAAUAUCAGUUAUGAUCCAACCUCUCUGUUCCUCUUCACCCCUUCACUUAGGAGUCUUAUAUCAUCCCAAUAACAUCCCCAUGAUCCAUUUACAGAAGAUAAAAGCAGGUACGGUAACUAAAACUACAACAGAUUUUAACAUGCUUUAAUGAAUAGAACUGGAAACAAACAUACACAAACUGUAAACAUAUUUGAUUUUAAAGCAAACAGAUCAUCAACAAAGCAUAUAAUAAACACGUAAGUUUCAAUUACUAGUUAGUUCAACCCUAGAGAUUAUCUAGGUGCACAGAACACGAGCCAAGGGAAAGAGGAAGAUAAGAACUUGCCUGUGAUUUCAGUUAUAAAAUAUCGGCGUCGUCUCUAAGUUUUCCGGCAAAUACUGAACACCGGUAAACCUUCUAUUGCUCUGAAUCUAAUCCUCAAUCAACCUCCUUGGUCCUCUCUGUAAAAUUCCCCCUCAAGCCUUGCUCUGUUUUCUCUCACGUCUUUGUUUUCUCUUUGUGUUUCUUUUUGUGUCUUUGAUACGUGAAUAGGAGUGGUAUAAAGUCUUUUUAAAACCCUAAGUCGUCUUAAUGAUAUAUUUAUAGGUUUUAAACUAAAACCCUAAUCCAAAAUUUCUAUCCGAGAAGGAAACACAACUAAUGUUAUUCUCUACCUUGGCUAAAUACGUGAAACCCUAAAAGAAAUAAAACCCUACGAUAAACAUUAAUUUAAUUAAAUUCAAUAAAACAAAUAAUUAACAAUACAAUUAAUUAACAAACAAAUAUAAUCAAAAUGCAAUUCAUUCAAACAACAAGCAAAUAAAUUUCAAAUAAAUCAACUAA